CACUUGUGUGAAAAUAGUGAGCACUGUUCUGAUUUCGAUUUGAAUUCGUUUUUUUUUGCAAUUGAAAAAAUCUUAAGAAUGGAUAACGAUUUUGAAUUUUUAAUUAAUUCAUUGAAUAUUUCAUCGAAAUAUCCUUCGAAAAUAUACAUCGAUUCCAAGUCUGAUUUAUGGUUAAAAUGUCAACAAAUCAUAACAAAUUUGAAAACAGAUUCCGAUGCCAUCGAAACAUUACAAGAAUAUUAUAUUUAUAAUUAUCGUUGUUAUCUAACCGCUAUGCUAAAAGAUUAUUGGUUGGAUUUUAACAAGAAUUCAUCGAAAUAUGAAGAAAAUGUUCAAUGUCAACAUCGAUUAAUUUUUCAUAAAUUCAAUCAACUUAAUGAUUGUAUUUCGAAUUGGCUGUAUCGACCAUUACUUGAUUUAUUGUUCGAUUCGAAUGAUGAACAGAUUCGAAAACUAUAUGAAAUUCUUUACACAGCAUUAAUUGCAGAUAUGCCAUUAUUGUUUUCCAGUUUUCUGUUCAAUACAUUUGCAUUUUCAUUCGAAGUUUUGGAUCAUAUUGUUGGUAAAAAACAGAAGAACGAAUCAAAUAGUCCAAAACAAUCGUUGUUCAAUAAAUGUAAAAUUUGUCGAUUCAAACGUACCGGUAAUGAUAAUAUUGAUAAUGAAUGUUAUUGUACAAGUAUAAGCAAAGGUUUUAUUCCAUUUCUAAAUAUAUUACGUAAAUUGGGCAUAUUUUAUCAACUUUGUGAUGAUAUUAUUAAAAGUGUUUUAUUCAAAAUGAUUGAACGACAAAUAUGGAAUCUUUGUAAAGAUAAAAAUUUUGAUAUAAGUUGUUUAAGUAUAACAUGUUCAUGGUUGGAAAACAGUAUUAUUGAUUGGAUCAAAAUUAUUUACAUUAUUCGAUCGAAUGAAAAUAUUACGGAUAUGUUUAUUGCACUUGAACAAUAUAAUCAAAAUAUUGAAAAGACAACAACAUCCGAAGAAGAUGUACCAAUGUAUAAUGAUAAUGGUGGUGAAUUGAAUAAUCUUUUUCUCAAAAAUACCAGUCUUGUAUUGUUCGAUCAGAUUGAAAGUUUAAAUCUUAAUAAUAUUCGUAGUUUUCUAACAAAUACCUAUAUUUUUAAUCGUAUGAAACAAUUAUUUGAUAUAAUCAUUGAUUUUCCAUAUAGCGAACCAGCUAUUUGUGAUCUACAUGAAUGUAUACAAUUAGAACCAUUUUAUCGUGAAAUAUUUACCUAUUCAUUGAAAAAUUCAUUAGAAAUACGUUUAUUACAUGCAGGUGUAGCAACCAGUAGUAUAAUUGAAGCAUAUCUUACAACAAUCAAAGCAUUACGAUUAUUAGAUCCACAAGGUAUAAUUCUACAAAUUGUUUGUGAUCCAAUACGUAAUUAUCUAAAAACACGUGAAGAUACUGUUCGUUGUAUUAUAAACAUUCUUACUACUGAUAGUAUCGUUAAUUUUGAUGAUCCUGAACAUUUUAAUAAACUGAUUAAUGAUGAAGAUGAAUACGUUAUGGAUACAUGGCGAUCAUGGGUACCACAAACAAUCGGUGUUUCAAGAAUGAGCAAAGAUCUAGCUAAUUCUGAUAUUAUAUCAAUGUUGAUCAAUAUUUUCGAUAGUAAAGAUUUAUUCGUACAAGAAUAUCAACGUUUAUUAGCACAGAAAUUAAUUCUUACACCUGAAAUUAAUCUUGAAUCUGAAUUACGAAAUCUAGAAUUAUUAUCAUUACGUUUUGGUGAAUCUGAACUACAUAAUUGUGAAGUAAUGUUAAAAGAUCUUAAAGAUUCGGAACGUAUUAAUCAACAGAUUAAUGGUUUUGAUGAAAUCAAAGCAGCCAAUAUCAAAAUGAAUGGCCUAAUAUUAUCCGAACAAUUUUGGCCGGAUAAUCUUGGAUUUACUAAUAAUGAAUUUAAAAAUUUUCGUCUACCCGAAGAAAUACAAAAAAUGUUUGAUAAUUAUAAAAAAAUUUUCGAAACAUUAAAAGGAAAUCGUACAGUUAAUUGGAUACAACAACUUGGUACGGUAAAAUUGGAAUUAGAAUUUCGUAACGGUAGUCAUGAAUAUUCGGUUCGUCCAAUUCAGGCAGCAAUAAUUCAUUUAUUUCAACAAAAAAAUCAAUGGUCAAUGGCUGCCAUUGCACAAGAAUUGGAUGUUUUACCAUCGGUUGUACGAAGAAAUUUAUCUUAUUGGAAAAAUAUUGGCAUCAUAAAAGAAUGUAAAGAUGGUGAUGAUGAUUCAUAUAUUGUUGUUGAAGAUUUACCACCGCCACCACCACCACAAUCAUCAUCAUCAUCAAUAAUGAAACAACAACAACAACAACAACAAUGUACACAAGAAUUUGAUAUGAUGUUUAUCGAUAAUCAAGAUGAUAAUGAUGAUAAUGAUGAUGAUGAUGAUGAUGGUAAUGGUAUAAUGAAUGAUCGAAAACGUAAAAAUGAAAAUAAUUUACAAUUAUUUUGGAAUUUUAUUGAUAAUAUGUUAAAAAAUUUACAUGCACUUUCAUUGGAUCGUAUUUAUUCAAUGUUAAAAAUGUUUAACAUGCAAUCACCGGAAAUUGAAAAUCUAUCCAUGCAUGAAUUACGUGAAUUUUUGGAUCGGAAAGUUCAUGAAAAAAAAUUAAUCUUUAUCAAUGGUCUUUAUGAUUUGAAUAAAUCAACGGAUGAAUGAUUUUUUUUUGUUGGUCAUAUUAUUACUUUUUCA